AUGAUAACACUUAAACGGCUAAUACACUCGAGCCGGUCGGUGUGUUCUCUGGGUUUCAAGGUUGACCCAAAUUACAAAUUAAAAUGUGGAUUGGAAAUACACACCCAAUUAAAGACCAAAUAUAAAUUAUUCUCGUUAUCAUCCUCAAAGUUCGAUUCUGAACCCAAUACCAACGUCAGUUACUUUGAUUGUGGAUUACCCGGGACCCUUCCGAAGUUAAAUCCAGAAGCUUUGUAUUUAGCAUUAAAGACAGCGGUGGCACUAAACAGCGAUGUGCAAUCAUUUUCAACUUUUGAUAGAAAACAUUACUUUUAUCCCGAUCAACCCCAAGGGUUCCAGAUAACUCAACGUUAUCAUCCUAUUGCUAGAAAUGGGUAUUUGGAAUUGAAUAGCAAGUUUGACGAUAUAACAGAGGAUCUGAAAACCAUUAACAUUGAACAGAUUCAAAUUGAACAAGAUACGGGUAAAACGAAUUACGAUAAAUAUGACAAGCUAAUUAAAAUCGAUUUAAACAGAUCUAACGUUCCGUUGAUUGAAUUAGUUACAAAGCCUGAUUUUGAAAAUAUGUCACAAAUUAGAGCCUUCAUCAAAAAAUAUCAAACCUUGGUUAAACAUUUGGACGUAUGUACUGGUGACUUGGAAACAGGCGCGAUUAGAAUUGAUCUUAAUGUGAGCAUAAAUGGUGGAAAUAGGGUUGAAGUUAAAAACUUGGGAAGUUCCAGUGAAUUGGCAAGUGCAUUAAAAUCUGAGUACCACAGGCAAAUACAGUUGACAAAGGAAAACUUCCCCGUUAUCCAAGAAACAAGAGGUUGGAAUGGUAAAGAAACCGUAAGGUUAAGAAGUAAAGAAGAUGCCGUUGAAUAUAGAUACGUUCCGGAUUCUGAAUUACCAUUCAUUAACUUGGACCCUGAAAUAUCACGAGAAAUUGCUGCUGCAUUACCUGAUUUGCCGGACGCCAUUAUUACCAAAUUGAUCUCCGAGCCAUAUAACUUGGAAUUGAAGCAUGCUAAAUUUUUCAUUGCCAAUAAGGAUAUUCUUAACUAUUAUUAUGAUUUGUUUCAAAUCGUGGUAAUUGAUGCUGGAAAAGACCAUAAAGUUGCAAAUAAUUGGCUCGUGCAUGAGUUGAUUGGAGCCUUUUCGAAAUUUGAAGUACCAUUAGACAUAUCUUUAAUCCCUCCAACAAAACUUGGAGAAAUAAUAAUUAUGGUUUCAAAUGAUGAAUUAACUACGACGUCUGCCAAACUAUUAUUAUCACAAUUAGUUAAGUCGCCUGAUGAUAAAGAAUUAACUAUUCAAGAAUUGAUAGAAAAAUACGAUGUAGGGAAAAUCAAAGAUAUUACUGAAAAUGAGUUAUCUGAAGCUGUUGAAGAGGUGUGUGUUUAUAUAAUUGCAAACAAUCAAGAUGUUAUAGAAAAGAUUGUUACGGGUAAGCCUAAGUCAAUCAACUACCUCAUUGGUUUAGCUAUGAAAGAAACUAACGGAAAAGUAAAUUCCAAUGUGUUUGAAUCUAAGUUUAAGGAGUUAAUUGCUGAUUAUAAAUAA